AUGGAAGCUUCGGAUCCUCGUCUGCUUGCUCUCACUGGCCUUUUGGCGAGUUCUACACGACAGCAAGCAGCAUUCCGAUCUCGGACUCGAGAGGAGCUCGGAGGCACAAUUAGGGAGAUGCUCCUGAUGCUGAUGUGCCUCUUCAUGGAGGUAGACGCCCAGGACGAGUCCAUUCGGAGCACUGUGGACCGCCAAGUUGAAGAGGCGCGUCUUGAAGAAAAUUUGAUCGCAACCAGCGACGCCCGGGGUCACCUUGCUGCUGCUCAGGGGCAUCUGAAGACCCUUAGGGAGGAACUGGCCCAUACCAAGGAGGCUCUGGAGGGGGCUGAUAAGAGGGCAGCUGUUGCGGAGAGUUGCCGUGACGAAGCUUUAAAACAGCUGUCCUCUUUGGAAAAGGUUCGAAGGGAGAGGGAUGAGGCCGUGAGCCAGAAGGACGAGGUCUGGCAUCAAUACGAGGCCCCAAAGGCAGAUUUCGAAGCCGCCCAGGCUCGUUGUGGCAUUGUGAUGGCCCAGAGGGAGGAAUCCCUAGCUCGGACGGUAGUUCUCGAGCAGGAGCUAGCCAAGCGGGCUGAUAGCUUUAAAGACUUGACUUUGGAAGCUGAAGCGUCUAAACUCCAAAAUCAGCACCUCAGCCAAGAAGUCGAGGCUUUGAAGAAGAGGUGCGCAGCCCUGCUCGAGGAUGCUAAGCUUGCUGAGGACAGGAUUCAGCUGGAGUGUGAGGAGUGCCUGAGGGAGUACAAGGAGUCGGCCGAACUGAAAGAGAAGAUCGAGCAGACCUGUGAAGCUCGUCUCCAAGAUUACAAAGACUCUUCUGAGUUAAAGGCAAAGAUAGCUGAGGCCUGCGAGGAGUGA